CCAAACCUCCCCACUCGGCGACGCGACCACCACCACUCUCUUCUUCUUCCCCAUUGCCGUCGUCGAUCUCGCCGGCGACACCGCCGCCACCGCGCCUCCGCCUCCCUCCCUUCCGCGGAUCGUGGCGGGCUAGGGCGUGGACUCUCCUCCUCGGUCCUCCACGGAUCGAGCCCGCCGCCGAUGGGGGUGGUGAUCGAGCGGGAGGAGUGGGCGCUCACGCCGCUCGCCUACCCGCUCCUCUCCGCCGCCUCCCUCGCCGCGGUGCUCCUCCUCCCCUACUUCUCCCCACCGUUGCACGCCACCGCCGCCGCGUCCCCGUCGUCGCACUCCCCCUUCGACGUGGGCACCACCCCGUUCCUCCGAUUCCGCCGCGGCUUCCUCUUCGUGUUCUCGCUCGCGUCCGUGGCGGAGGGGAUCCAUUCCGUGUUCGGGGAGGAUGAGUUCGCGCGGUGUGGGCUUGGAAGGGAGCAGAUGGCCGCGCGCCUUGCCGCCGCCGCAGCAGCCGUGCUCUUCCUCGGUGGGCUUUCCGGCGUCGUCUCAGAUAAACUAGGACCACGGCAGGCUUGUAUAUUCUACUGGAUGCUUCAACUUGCAGUGGGUGCCUUGAAGAGUUUUAGUGGGCUUCGUUGUGCAUGGAUUAGCAACUUGAUUUCGGCCCUUGCCUCAUCAAUGUUCUAUUUCUGUUUCGAGACAUGGUUUGUGGUGGAGCAUGAGAAGCAAGGUCAGAAGCAAGAUUUGCUGUUUGAUUCCUUCUGGCUGAUGACAUUCUUUGAGUCAAUGUCCCUUCUUGGAAGUCAAGGAAUUACAAAUCUAUUGGUUAAUGAUGAUGACAAGGGAUUUCUGCUACCCUAUGCAUUUGCAGCUUUACUAUCAAUAGUUGGUCUUCUAUAUAUCAGAAAAAAUGCACCAAGUACUACUCAUCAUGCAUCUGUCAUUGGGAGCUACCAAAAAUCAUUUUUUGCUCAUGUCUUCAGAGACAAAAGAGUACUGAUUCUGGUCUUAGCUCAAGCAAGUAUACAUUUCUCUAUGUCAGCCUUUUGGUUUCUCUGGGCACCAACCAUAGUGGCUGACGGAAGGGAUGCUCAGCUGUCACUAAUUUUCCCCUGUUUUCUUGCCUCAAGAAUGUUUGGAAGUGCUAGCUUUCCAUGGUUUUAUGGAACCACAGCUCCUUUUCAGAAUGAGGACAGCCUAACGAUAGCAUAUGUUACUGUGGGGAUCGCUUUAUCAAUUGUGGCUUAUGAUUACCAGGAUAUUGGGACAUUGGUGAUACUGUUCUGCAUCUUCCAUGCAUGUGUAGGCUUUAUUCUUCCUUCAUUAGCACGAUUGAGAACAAUGUACCUGCCAAAUGAACUACGUGGGGGCAUGAUGAGCUUUUCUCUGGGACUGGCAAAUGCUGCUAUCUUCAUUUUCCUAAUGCAGGGUUCAUACCAUCAAAACAUUGCAAAUUCAACCAUUCUAGGAUUUGCGGCCUGUGGCCUUCUAGUGGCUGGGGGUUGCAUUCAUAUGCUGAGGCGGCGGAGAAAGCACACUCGGCAAGAUACACGCAGUUUGUAGAAUCUUGGGCAGAUAAUAUGGGAUUACACAACCAGCUUCAGGUUGUUUUUGUACUAGCAUCUUGGAUUUUCCACGUUUUUCAUCACCUCUGUUUCUGUUUCUCAGUAGCAAUAUUGUCUACGUGCUGACGACUGGUGUGUGACUCAUCAAAGAUAGAUGUAGGAUACAAUUUUCUGUACACAGAAAUGGUUCCAUCGAUGACUGAAACACUCAAGAAUUCUGUAGACAUGUAAAGCUGCUACUGUUUAAUGCCAUUCUUUUUCUUCCAUUUAUACCUGAUACAGUGACCCAUUUUGUUUCUGGUGAUC